AUGUCAGAAGUCUUUGAGGCCCAGCACAGGGGCCUAGACCUCUGCGUGCAGCGGCUGAGCUCUUCUCUUUACGGCCUCGUAGACGCUGCGCUCGUGAGCGAGGACGGCCACCUCCCGACUCUGGCGAUUGACAGCUUCUUGAUGGAAGUGCACGUCAUCAGCAUCAUAAGCUCUGCCCGCUGGCUGUUGUCUCUUGCUGCUGACGUCGACGCCAAUUUGCUGCUGCAGUCGCCCAGAAGAAACAGAGAAGAAGAUCUGCAGCAGCACUUAAAAGAAAUAGAAAAGCUGCAGCAGCAGCUGCAGCAAGAAGCAGCAGAGGGGAGUCUCCCGUUCCCCACUAUUGUGCUGCAGCAGCAGCAGCAGCAGCAGCAGCAGCAGGUUAAGGAGCAGCGGGCGCAGCAGCAGCAGGCACAGCAGCAGCUCGUGGGGAACGAGGAGCAGCAGCAGCAGCACAGCACGCAGCAGCAGCUGCAGCAGCAACCGCAGCAGCAGCUGCUGCUGCAGCAGCAACAGCAGCAGCAGCAAGAGCAGCUUCCGCAGCAGCAAGAACAGCUGCUGCUGCAGCAGUAG